AUGUCUAAUUUAAGUAAUAGCCAAGAUUCCGCAGCCGUGAAAAAGAAUUCGAUCCAGAGCCUCAUGAGUUCUCCGGAGCAUCCCGCUUCUCAGAACUCAGGAGCUCCAUCUGCACCGAUAAUUCGAAAAGUUUCGAACCCAACAAAAACAGUCGUGCCACAUCCGGUAGUCCGAAUAAAUCCAGCAAUCGUAAGACAAAUCAAACCUUCGCCUGAAAUAAGUAAACCGCCGUUACCAAUGCCAGCCAUUCCAAGGAUCGACUUGGUCCCUCCUUCAAUACCAGCAGUACCGAUUAAACCAGUCCCAUACGUUAUUCCGAAAACCUCAUCAAUUCCAGACAUGUCUAAUAUUCCAAUUCCACAACCAUCUCCUCAGCCGCGAAUCAUGCCAACACCUAUUCCUUAUAUCUCACAACAACAUCAACCACUUCCUCCUCAGCCAAUUCCAAUCCCAUCAACUUAUUAUCCUUAUCAAACUCCACAACCAUAUCCACAGCCAUAUUUGCCACCAACACAGCCCCAAUACUACCAGCAACUAAGAGCGCCUAUCCCGCACCCCGUAAUUUCUAUUCCAAAAGUAAAUCAACACUCAAUUCAACCACCGGAACCCGUGUUCUUCAACGAUAAGAGAUCUGGGCGCUACGGCAUCAGAUGCGUUUGUGGUGAAAGUAGGAACGAUGGCCUCCUUAUCCAAUGCGAUUCUUGCGAAUUUUGGUUACAUGCGAAAUGUGUGAACAUCGCAAGGAUAUCGGACAACGAGUCCUUCUACUGUCCAUUCUGUAGAGGCCAGCGCAUUAAAUGCAAAUGCAAAAAUAACAAAAAUUAUACAGAUCCAAUCGUUCAAUGCACGAAUUGCAAAUUCUGGGUCCACAAACGUUGCGAAAAUUUAUACUACGGUUUCUGCCCUCAUGACUUCGUUUGCUCGAACUGCCAGCCUGAUAAAACUUACACAAUUCCUUUUAAUAAAUUAAAUCCGGAAGAUUUGAAGUUACAGUCUGAUAUUAUCGUAUCAGAUAUAAACAGGCAGGAAAUAGUAUCAAAUAUAGUUGAAGGAAGGUUCCACGAUGAAAUUCAGCAAGAUUUAUCAAAUUCAGAGAUAAGUUUUUGCAAUUUAAUCUCGAAAUACUUCACAGAAUACGCUUCUCUCCUUUUCGAUAGAAUAAGAGGCUUCUGGGCUUGUUUCGUCGAUACUUUUUCUUCAAUAUUUAAUGUAGACAAAAAACUUGUUAUGAGAGCUAUCGAUGUAUUAGCGAACAAGCUUAUAUACAAUACAAGCUCUAAAACAUCAUAUCAGCCGGUGAAAUUCUUCGAAAUGAGUGAUGAAAUUCAAUUAUCUUCGAGUACAUCAUUAAUUCGAAUAGAAAAACCACAACACCAGACAGAAUUGAUCAUUACUGAUGACGAUUCAGUGAUAUCUAAUGAAUUAAUCGAAGAUGGAGCUUUUAUUAUGGAAUUAUCUGGUUUCUUGAUGCAUAUGGACGAAGUCCGCUGCGAGAAUGGAAUUCCUAUAUCAUGUAUUACAGUUACAACUGAUGAUACUUCCGUUCUCGACGUAUCGAAUUCCGCAUUUCCACAAGCAGCCCUAAUCAGGCGCUCUUUCCACUUCAAUUGUGUUGUAAAGCUCGUAAGGAUUGGCGGCAACGUCAGAGCGGCCCUUUACGGAGUUAAACCGACUGGGCCAUUAUCUGAAGAAAAAGGAAGACGCGGACCAUCGAUACAGCCAGGGCAAGAACUGGUGCUUCCCCUAGAUGGAUACAUUCCAUUCGAUACACAAAAAAUCGAAUGGAAGGAUAAGAAAGCUCGUCCAAAGACAAAUUCUGAUUCCUUUAAGGCCCCGAACCCACGAUCUCCUAAUUCCAACUCAGAUAAAGCAUCGUAUACAGGUUCUUCAUCUAAUUCUUCCGCAAAAUCUACGAUUCAGUCCAGAAGACAUCAUUCGGAGUCUUCAUCUCGUAGUUCUUCGCCUCCUCCGCCAAAAGAGAAGAAGAAGAAACAAAACAAGAGCCAGGAGAGGAGAAAGAGCGCAAACGGAGAAGAAGAAGUUCAACUUUCACUUUUAAGUGGAUUUUUAUACGACAUAAUACCCCCUAUUCCAUUCAUUUUAUUGCCUGACCAGGAGGCCGUGGAGCAGUACAAUGAGAAGAAAUCAUCAUCUUCAAAGAAAAAGUCUUUGAAAUACUCAGAUUAUUAA